CUACAAUGAAUUUGAUGAUGGGUAUCAAAGGAUUACAUCUUUAUUUUGUCUAAAAGGUGCCAACCUCACCAGAGUUCACUUCCUCCUGAAAGCUUGAACUGCCUUCUACAGACAUGAAGUGAGAAAUACAAUGUAAACCCCUUGUGUAUGUCAAAGAGGACAUAUGUACCAGUAGUCUCAGCCACCGACCCAAAUGAAGAAAAAAUACAAACCAGUAACAUUGACUGUACAUCAUUUGAAGGGCUGCUUUCCACAGGACACAUGCUAGAUUGAUUGAAGUUUUUAUCACAUGUGUAUGCCUGUUCAGACAGCCAAUAAUAUCACUCAGUUCAGAGUUUCCACCUACUUCAUAAUGAUUACCCAAUGAGUGUCAUCAUAUAAAAGGUGCACUGUUGUCAGACCCAAACACUGUACAGUUCAGAAAGGAAAUGAUGAUUAUAUAUUGGACAAUCUUUUUGUUUUACGCCAAUUUGGGUUGUGCACUUAACAAGGAUGUAAUCCAACCAGACCCUUUGAUAGUUACACAACUGGGACAAAGUGUAUCUCUCACUUGCUUUUGUCGAUCUAAUUUGAUGGUCAGAGUCUCUUGGUUCAAGCAAACUGUUGGACAGAAGCCUCUUCUCAUGGCAUCAUCAUAUUAUCGCACUAAAAAUAGUUUUUAUUCCAACAACUUUAACAAGGACUUUAAUGAGACCAAACGUCUGAGUGUGAAGAGAGGUGUUGACAGCUGUAACCUGACCAUCUCCAAGACAGAGUCAGGGGACUCAGCUACAUACUACUGUGGUGCUAUGGAAGAGGGCGAACUCAAAUUUGGAGAAGGAACUGUUUUAAUUGUCAAAGAGUCCAACAGCAUGUCUGUUCUCCAGCAGCCUGUGUCUGAGUCAGUCCAGCCAGGAGACUCUGUGACUCUGAACUGUACAAUACACACUGAGACCUGUGCAGGAGAACACAGUGUCUAUUGGUUCAGACAUGGCUCAGGAGAAUCCCGUCCAGGAAUCAUUUACAACAAUGGAGACAGGAGAGAUAAGUGUGAGAAGAGCCCUGAGGCUGGGUCAACUACACAGAGCUGUGUCUACAACCUCCCCAAGAGGAACCUCAGCCUCUCUGAUGCUGGGACUUACUACUGUGCGGUGGCCUCAUGUGGGGAGAUACUGUUUGGGAAUGGGACCAAGCUGAAAUAUGAUUGUAAGGAGGACCAUGUUCUCUUGGUGUACUGUCUGGGUGUAACGUUGGCUCUUUGUGUCAUCCUCGUCAUUGUCCUUGGUUGUGUUAUGUGUAAGAUGAACAAGAAAACCUCUCUGCUGUGCAGCGGAACGCAUCCUCAGUCAGGUAGUCCGGCAGUCCCCAGUUCUCAUAACCAGGAUCAAGAACAUGAUGACACACUCACAUCGGUCCAUUACGCUGCUCUGAAUAUCAUCCACAAGAAGCCAAAGACCCAGAGACAGAGUAUCGCCAUGGAGAGAGACACGGAGUACUCUGGGGUGAGGUGCCAAAACAUGGACUGAAACAUAGAUUUACCUCCUUUAAGACUUGCAUUGCUUUUCUGUUACACUGUGUGUUUUUAUCAUUAUAAUUGUGUUACAAUUGCUUGUAUUCUGUCAAACUCCUUUUUACAUUACUGUUGUGCAUUUUAGAUCAAAUAAAACAUGAAUUCACUGUAAUUUAGAUGUAUUGUUUGAUUUUCUCUCAUAUUCUUCAAGUUAAAUUGGGAAGUUUGCAGGUACAUUGCAUCCUGAUUACAUGAUGUUUAUAAUAGCAUGCGUAGAGUACAUUCUACUGACUAAAACUUUCAGUUGUCUCAAACUCUCUUUUUAAGCUGUAUUCUGCAUCACAUCUCUGUGGUGUUCUAACAGUCCUAAAUAGAUUUUCCACUCAGUUUAACUCAUCUCAAACCAAAACCCCAGUAAUGACCAUCAGUCCUCACCACACACUGUCUUCACACACCUCAGUGCAUCAAAACCACAAACAUCCAUGUCACUAAGAGCACAACUCACUCUCUUCAUGAGAAAAACCUGAAUUAAAAAUUAACUUCUUAGCUGAGUAUAUUUUGAAGAGAGCUGAUAGUGUCGAAAAUAUAAUCCAAAUAUGACAAUGUACGCAUAGUAAUUGAGAAGUUUUGACAAACAAUACAAAAUGUGAAUAUGCAUAUGUGCAGGUUGAAGUACUGCACUUCAUUUCUCUUUGAGGUACGUGGAAGUCCCCAUAACUACCUGAACAGUAGAGUUGGCAGCAACUUUUAGAAUUGUCCAAAUGUUCAAAUUGUUCACUAAGAAUCGUUGAAAACGUACUUUCCUGUGAUAGAUCAUGUGUGUAGUCAUAAUAUCUGUCAAUAAAGGCCCAACAAAGACAA